UUUCUAUAUAUAGUGAAUCAUGCAACAAAAUACACAUUAAAAAAAAAAACCUUGUGUUCUUGUACUUGUAAGGUUAGGUGACUCAAGACUCCCCAAAGCUAUGGCGGACAAGAUGGUGGUGAUGAUGAAGUUAAAAGUGGAUCUAAACUGUCCCAAAUGCUACAAAAAGGCUAAGAAAGCUAUCCGCAAAUUCCCUCAAAUAACAGACGAAAUGUUUGAUGAGAAGUCGAACACGAUCCUCAUCAAAGUGGUUUGUUACGAUCCUGAGAGGCUAAUGAACAAACUCUGCUCCAAAGGAGACGGUUCUAUCAAGUCCAUCGUGAUCCUUGAGCCACCCAAACCGCCUCAACCCCAGCCUCAGCCCCCUCAGAAGCCCAAAGAGGCUCCAGCACCAGCUCCUGUUCAGGCUCCGGCUCCUGCUCCUGUUCAGGCUCUGGCACCGACUCCAGCACCUCAGCCGAUGCCACGNUGGCAGCCGUAUCAUUGUGGGCCGUAUUACGAGGCCCAACAGUACCAAUGUUACGGAAGGCCCGUUUACGAGAACUGGGGAGGUGGACGACAAUGUUGCCACGAAUACACGAACGCUCAAGGAUGCUCCAUCAUGUGAAACACCUGAACCAACGCAAUCUUCUACUCAUAUUUAGUAUUAUUAUAUACCAGCAAAUAAAUUAAUACAAGAAGUUAUUUUAGUUGUCUUCGUCUUACCAGUAAUUAUAUUUUGAGGCAUCGUCCUUUUUACGUAUGUAUUUAUAUAUAUAUAGGCUAUAGGGUUUUGUUACAUGUGUAUAUCUCGUUUUUGGUUAUAGUAUGAUACAACUUCUAUUUGCUCAA